AUGUCCUACGAGUCUAAUUUUGAUUACAAUGGUGAUGUUUCCAAAGUUGACAAGAUUACUUUCGGAAUUAUGAUUCCUGAACUAAUUCGCAGUGGAUUAUUUGACCAGCCAAUGUGCCCAAGCGAUGGACGUCGCGAGCGCGGACAUGUGCGAGUGCGGCGGCAUGGGGUGCCCGUCCUGCGGCAACGGCCUGAUGCUCGCCGCAACAGAUCAGGUGAACCUUCCCGUACGCGGGCCGGCCCCGGCGCUUAUCUCCCUAUCGUCGCUCAUCGUCUGCCACCACGCCGGCUUCUCGACGCCGUCGUCGAAGAGGUCCAGACCCGCGACGGCCGCAUACUCCGUCGCCAUGACGAGGACGACGACGACGGCGCAAGGCUGCCACGAGGCUACGUGCCACAGUGUGCGGCGGGGAUCACGCUUUCCUCCGAGUCGCGCGGCGCGGCGCGGCGCGCUCCGGCUGCCGAUGACGCCCCACGCGUACAUCUGCGGCCGUGA